ACACAACAUCUGUAUAGCCUCCUGUUACUCCAUUUUCCUCUUGCCCUUGGGGUCAACAAUCAUGGCGGCUCUCUCCAACUCCUUGAUCUUUCUGUGCUUCCUCUUGCUGCCUGGGGUCCUGGCUUUUGCAGGUCCCCAUGGAGAAAGUUAUCCAUGUCCAUAUGAUUGUCCACCACAGAAGGAGACUCACCUACACAUGUACUUGCACCAAUUCCCUGCUUGGGCAAAUGUCACAAACCCUAAUGAAGUAGCUUGGCAAGGAUGGGUUGCUGACCACUGGUUGCUAACAAAGGGACCAGAUCCCAAUAACAAUAUAGUCGGGCGCGCGAGAGGCUUCCAUUUGUUAACUGGUGAAACCAGCAAGGACUGGUACAUUUCUCACAUCUACGUAUUCCAGGACGACAGGUUUGCAGGUUCCACAAUUCAAGUUUUAGGGAUGCUUGAUGGUGAGUGGUCAAUUAUUGGUGGCACCCAAGCCUUCUAUAAUGCACGUGGCUACAUAAAAUACAAAGAAAUCCCGAGUACCAUGAGUAGUAUCACUGAUAUUGUACGAGAGCUUGAUGUUCAUAUAUUUACUCCCGACACUUCAACAGCGGUUCAUGGUAUUGCUGUGUCUAUUUGAAGUGCAACGGGUCACAUCGAAUUGUGCCCUCAGAAAUUUGCUCAACAAUUUUUCUGAAGUACCUAUUAAGUUAAUAAUUUGAAGGAAAUAAUAUGCUCAAGUGGAAGCAUUCAGUACUGUUGUUUGAAGCUAUGGUGUGUCAAUGUACUUGCACACUUUCUGUUUCUUAUGCAAGUCAAAUAAUAUGUGGUUUAUGGCAUGGGGUUAUGCAUCCUAGUUAGUGACCUACGCUAUUUUAAACUAUGUGUAUGACUUCAUGUUUGAAUCUUACCACAAGGACAAGAAUAUAUUUGAUGUAUGCCCUUUUACUGGCAGUGAAUUAUAUUGGCCCCAAAUAAUAUAUUAUGUAUUAUCCUGUGUUCA